AUGCUCCCCCAAGUGGCACCCAUAGAAGCUAAUCUCUUUGAUUACAAGGAAGUGUCAUGUACAAUGGAUCCUGAAUGUGCAGUGGAAAAUUUUUCAUCUUUGGAAGAAAAUGUUCCCGAUUAUAAGGAAGGAUCAUCUGCCAUGGAUCCUAGCUGUGCAGUGGAAAAAUUAUCAGUCUCUUUGAAAUCAUGUGAGCCCUUUUGUGUAAUUAAUACCGAUUUUUCUAAGAGUUUGGUUGCGCCAGAUGUUUCAGGCACCGAUGUUCUUGAUAGUGCUUUCAAUUGUGUCCACAUAACUGAGUUGUCUGGUCAAAGAGAUAAUGAAGUGAAAGAUAUUGAUACAGUGGAUGAUGAUUUUGAGAGAAAAUUUUCUAGUACUAAAUGUUCAUCUUAUCGAAAUAGGGGUAUGAGCAUGGGUAGAUUGAAACAGAACACUCGGGCCAAAAAAGAUGCCAGAAAUUGCAGGAGAACAGCUAACAAGAAAGCAGUAUUAGAAGUUGUUUCCUUGAAGGUCGCAAGAAAGAGAAGAAGCUGUAUCUCCAGAACAGCUCAUUCGUCUGCAUGGGGAUCGUUGGGGAGUAUUGCACAUGUUUUUGAGCAGAAUACUGGGCUCAAUGAUCUUGAUAAGAAAAAAAAAUCACAAAAAGAUAGGAGUGGUCCGGGAGGCGUAAAGCAGGACAAGAAUCAGACAGUUCGGUGCCCUCAGAGGUCUAGUGGAAAAAACUGUGCUUCAACUGGUCGCAUCCGUUUGAAGAUCAAACUGGGGAAAGAAGCAUAUCAAAAUUGCCUGAUGGAUGUGAUUCCUGUUAUUGAUAAUGUUCAUGAAGAAUAUUAUGCUACUGGGAUUGCAUGUCCCAAAUUGAUUGAGGGCAUUGAAGAUAAAUUGGAGGAAGAGGUGCCCAAGCUUUCAGGGUUCCCCUGUUGUAAUGUUAACCUGGAGAAGACAGUAUUGUUGUCAGAUGCUUCUGUUUCAGAUGUAUGCCUUGCAGAUAAGAAUGUUGUCAAUAAGUCAGCUGGAAACAUUGCAGAUAAUAAUCAUGGAUUACCCUCCCAGGAAGAGGUUGAAGAAUUGGUAGUAACCCUUGACAACAGUUGCUUGGAUACUGGAACUUCACCUGAUUCUGAGGUCAUCAACAUGGUUACAGAUGCACAAAUCAGUGGAAAAACUGUUGGAGAUUUGCAUGAUGUGUUAAUUUCCUCCCAGGAAUAUGAUGCUUCUGGUGAUGUUACAAGUUUCAGUCCAUCACAGAUGAGCAGUAAGAAAGGAAAUAAGCAAGAUAAGCUCCAUCAGGCAGGUAAUUGCAGUGUUGAAGGUAAACUAUUGAGUCCCAAGGUCAUAAACAGUGCCGAAGUGGUUGAUGAACACAGACUGCUAGAGAAAAUGGGAGAUGGCUCUUGCUGUAGUGAGGCUUCAAUUUCAACUUCGACUGAGAAUGCUUCUGGAAACACAUCGAGCAGUGAAAAUUUUUCUAGGAAAUCGCUGCAGCAGUCAAGAGUGACCGAUCUGGGAGCCUCAUGUGAGACUCUGAAAGUUGAAAAUGGUACAAAAGUUGAUCUUUGUUCCAGGAUUGGUGUUGGGCUUGAGUCAUCAGAGUCACAGAUAUCUGAUAAGUUGCCCCCUAGUAGUAAUCCCGGGGGUCGAAAACUUCCCAACAGCUUAAGAUCAUGGGGCACGGCCAAUUGCAGGUCAGACCUCCCUGAUUCAGCAAGCAGCAGAGGAAAUGCUCGUAAACAAAAGAAGAAUCCAGCAAAGCUAGUUAGUAAGCAUAAAGUCUUGGAGAAGGAUGAUACUAGUCAAGCGGUUUGCAAAGUGGAAGGGCAGCCAGAAACAGGAAAUCACACAUCAGAUGAUCUUGCGGACACUAAAAUUGUGAAGACAAGUUCAACUGGAGACAUUUGUAAUUUGGACGUGGUGCAAUGUAGUAUAGCAGAGCAAUAUACAAUCCCACGGAAUGCUUGGGUACUUUGUGAUGCCUGCUGUAAAUGGAGGCGUAUACCAGCUACACUUGCGGAUUCCAUUGGAGAAACAAAUUGCAGAUGGACUUGUAAGGAUAACAUGGAUAAAGACUUUGCUGACUGCUCAAUCCCUCAAGAGAAGUCAAAUGCAGAUAUUAAUGCAGAGUUAGAAAUAUCAGAUGCCUCUUGUGAUGAAGAUGCUCGUGAUACACGCAUUAAUUCUAAUAGAUUGGGACAAAAGCAGUCAACAGUUGUUCAGAAGUCAUCUUGGAUGCUUAUCAAAUCAAAUUUGUUUCUAAGUCGGAGCCGCAAAAGUCAAACCAUUGAUGAGAUAAUGGUUUGCCAUUGCAAACCACCUUCAGAUGGCCGAAUGGGUUGUGGGGAUGGAUGCCUAAAUCGGAUGCUUAAUAUUGAAUGUGUUCAAAGGGCCUGCCCAUGUGGAAAAUUUUGCUCAAAUCAACAGUUCCAGAAACGCAAGUAUGCCAAAUUGAAGUGGUUCAGAUGUGGAAAGAAGGGUUUUGGGUUGCAGUUGCUAGAAGAUAUCUCUAAAGGACAAUUUCUCAUUGAAUACGUUGGAGAGGUGCUUGAUAUGCAUGCUUACGAGGCACGACAAAAAGAAUAUGCUUCAAAGGGCCAUAAACAUUUUUACUUCAUGACAUUGAAUGGCAACGAGGUAAUAGAUGCAUGUGUGAAAGGGAAUUUGGGACGUUUUAUAAACCACAGUUGUGACCCCAAUUGCCGUACAGAAAAGUGGAUGGUGAAUGGAGAAGUUUGCAUAGGACUUUUUGCAUUAAGGGAUAUCAAGAAGGGUGAAGAGGUGACAUUUGAUUACAAUUAUGUACGGGUGUUUGGGGCAGCUGCCAAAAAAUGUGUCUGUGGGUCAUCUCAAUGCCGGGGCUAUAUAGGUGGUGAUCCACGAAAUUCUGAAGUUAUUGUUCAGAGUGAUUCAGAUGAAGAAUAUCCAGAACCUAUUAUGGUCCGUGAAGAUGGUAAAACAGAUGAGAACUUGGACAAUGUAAUACGAGCAACCAGUUCCUUUGAUGGUAUGAAUAUGCAAACUGCAGCGAAUUCAUCGAAAAAUGAAGAUGAAUUGCCUGAACCUGCAACUGAUUUCAGACAAUUGGAGACUACCAUAAAAAUGCAUAUCAGAGAAAAUUUGGUAAAAUGGAAUGAUGAAACAGAUAACUCAGCUGCCGCUGUUGGACGCAAGAAGAUUACAACUACAAAGGAAAACGCCCCAAACAAAUUUGCAUCUGCUGCUUCAAAAUGGGACAGUGCUGCGAUUGAGGACUCAGAGGAACAGUUGCCAAUUUCUGUUCAACCAAUAGUAGUUUCUCCACAACCAGAUGAUGUAAUGAGUGAGACCAUGUCUGCAGCUCAGCGAAAAGUUUCUGUGGCAGAGAAAUGUACAAAGAAUUCCUUGUCAGUUCAAAGAUUGGAGGCUUCUGCUCUGACCACAAUGCAUGACAAAUCAUUAUCUGAUACAAAUGAUACUAAGAAGGAGUCCAAACCUGACACUGAGGAAGACAGGAAUGUUUUCUCAAAAUCCUAUCCUCGCAUGAAAACUUCUCGCUCAUCAUCUUCUGUUAAGAAGGGAAAAACAAAGAUUAAUGCCACGAAUGCCAACAAACCUCCGAAUAUGGACAGCAGGCCACAUGUGCUACCCUUCAAAUCCAAAAAACUUUUGGAAGGUUCUUUAAAUGACCGUUUUGAAGCAGUUCAGGAGAAACUGAAUGAGCUGCUAGAUUCUGAUGGGGGAAUAAGCAAACGGAAAGAUGCAUCCAGAGGCUACUUGAAGCUUCUUCUUCUAACUGCAGCUUCAGGGGAUAAUGGCAAUGGUGAAGCAAUUCAGAGCAAUCGAGAACUUUCUAUGAUCCUUGAUGCACUUCUGAAAACAAAAUCACGAACAGUUUUGGUGGAUGUAAUCAAUAAGAAUGGUUUGCAAAUGCUACACAACAUAAUGAAGCAGUACAGAAGGGAAUUCUAUAAGAUUCCAAUUCUUCGAAAGCUUGUGAAGAUCUUAGAAUAUUUGGCUGUGAGGGAAAUACUUACAUUUGAGCACAUUAAUGGAGGUCCCCCUCGUCCUGGAGUGGAGAGCUUUAAGGAGUCGAUGCUCACAUUGACAGAACACACCGACAAGAAGGUACUAUCUAUAAGCUGACUUCUUAUGCAUGGUAUGUUGUUGGGGUUGAAUUAAUAUAUGCUUUUGAAGUACAUAUCUUGGUUCAAGAUGAAUUGGUACAGUCCAAAUCAGAAAAGGGAAACAGAAAUUAUCUGGUUUUGUUGAAAUUUAAUUCUUUUUUCUUUUGUGUGUCUUUUAGAUUAUCAAAUAUUUGCAGGCUCAAAGAUUGUCAAUAUCGGUCAUCUCUAUUGUUUCCCUGAAUUUUGCGAACAAGAUUGAUUCACAUGCCUUAACCUUCUCUCUUUUCUUUUUCCCCCUUCGUUUCCAAAUUUUUUAUUUUUCUGCCUCUCUUUUCUUUUUUAUUUGGGGAUUUUCUUGUGGGUUGGGGGUGGAGGGUGGAGGACUAUACAGUUGACCAAAAAAGGAAUAAGAUGUAGUAAAAUGUUUGGUGAUAGAACUUUUUUUAACUAGAGAAAGCAAGUUCUGAAAGACGAGGUCCAUAACAAAAACAUAAGAAGUUCCUUACACUUCAGGGAGGGUAUGAAGACUUAACAGUUGUGUUUCCUCCCCAAGCAAGGUAAUCUGCCCCACUGUAACAUACUUUUUGGUAAGUCCUUUGGUUAAGAGAACCAGGACUACAAGAACCCAUUUGAUUGCACUUGAUGAACUCUUUUGAUUUUUCCAUAGACAUGGAUUGACGAUGAAAAAUCUUCAACCAACAGUGGUCUAUAUUGCCACAUUUUUGAACUGCUGAAAAUCAGCUCCAUCAAGUUGCCAUAUUGAAUUUGAUCUCAAUCAUUGAUGCAAGCCCCUCUAAAUACUUCUGAAUUAGUUAACAAUCAGUGCUUUAUCAUAAGCUCGAUUUCAUGCAAUUCUGAAGCCGACAUAAUUGUAUCUGCCAACAUGCUAUCUAAAAAUCAAUUGUAAUACUGGGUUCUGAGUAACCCAGAUUUCAGAGAGUUACACCAGAAGUAGGGUUAUGUUCGAUAGGCUUUUGAGAGAAGCCCUCAAUCAAUUGUGAUUGUACUCUCAGGCACACCUCAAAUAGCUGGGUGAUUGAAGCCUAUAGAGAUGGUAGAAGAAUCGUUUCAUUCAUCUUUUUUUUUUUUAAUUGGAUUGCUUGUUGAUGGUUCCAACUAAUAUUUCUGACCAAAUCUUUUGAAUUUAGAAUAACAAAAAAACUCCACUUCAAAGGAUUUUUACCAUCUCCUUGUUACCGAAAACUUCAAAAUUUCAUGGAAGGAGACUGAUUUCUUGGUAGUAACUAGACUAAUUAUGGAAUGAUGAAAGAGUCAUUGCUUUUGGGAAUGGAAAGGUUUGAUGCUUGUCCUUAACAACCCAUUUUCCCUUUUGUGUUUGGGCUGUGGAUUUCUUGGUCAGUUGACCUUGAAAGGAGUUUCCCUUAUCAGCUGGAAAUAAGAUUUGGGUUUGAUCUCC